CGCGGAACCCCACCCACCCCGACUCCAGUGCCCCUCCGCCCACUGACUUGCCCUGCGCACGCGCGCUGAAGCUACGUGGGGCGGCCGCGGGCCCCGCCCCUAGGCGGGCGGGCCCGGCGCCUCCACAGCUGGCCAAUCGGUGGAUGGCCUCGCGUGCCCGCCCCUUUUCCCCGCCCCCGGCGCCGGGCUCCACGUGCCAGUGUUUGUGUACGUGCUGCCGUUCCAGGGCUGGACCAGGUCCAGGUUGUUGUGGAUUAGCUGUUCAAGGGCUGGGUCGCAAGUCCCAGUGGUAUUUAAAUUCUUCCGUGCUAGGGCGGGACCGCGUACUCUUACCUGCCGGGGUGCGGCGAGUGUCCCGCCGCUCUGCGCUCCUAAGGAUUUUUGUCAUCUCCCGUAGGCGGGAAAUGCAGUUCCACGAUUGCAACCCAGAGGUGGAUGGUCUUAAGUAUUUGCUAGAGAAAGGGGCCUCGGUCAACGCACCCCCGGAUCCCUGCAAGCAGUCGCCUGUCCACUUAGCCGCAGGAGGCGGCCUUGCUUGCUUUCUUCUCUGGCAGCUGCAAACGGGCGCUGACCUCAACCAGCAGGAUGUUUUAGGAGAAGCUCCACUACACAAGGCAGCAAAGGUUGGAAGCCUGGAGUGCCUCAGCCUGCUGGUAGCCAGUGAUGCCCGGAUUGAUUUAUGUAAUAAGAACGGGCAAACAGCUGAAGACCUCGCUUGGUCGUGUGGAUUUCCAGAAUGUGCCAAGUUUCUUACAACAAUUAAACGUGCACAGACAAGAAAAGCAAGUGAACACUGUGAUAGAGAUGACUGUGUUCCUGUUUUCAGACAGAAACGAAGUUUUGGAAGUGCAGAAAAUAUCAGUGGGAAAAGGAAGUGUUGGUAAGUAACUCCGAGCUGCCGCUUUUCUCCUCCCUCCGUGAUCGCUUGCGUGCACAGCAUUUAUUAUUCUAUUAACAUUGUAAUCCUGGUUAUACUUACUAGAGUCUAGAGACCAAAAAUGCGCCCGCAUGGUAAAGUUUGGGGAUAAAAUUCUCUUUUUUUUUUGAGACGGAGUUUCGCUCUUGUUACCGAGGCUGGAGUGCAAUGGCGUGACCUCGGCUCACUGCAAUCUCCACCUCCUGGGUUCAGGCAAUUCUCCUGCCUCAGCCUCCGGAGUAGCUGGGAUUACAGGCACGCCCCACCAUGCCCAGCUAGUUUUUUGUAUAUUUAGUAGAGACGGGGUUUCACCAUGUUGACCGGGAUGGUCUCGAUCUCUUGACCUCGUGAUCCACCCGCCUUGGCCUCCCAAAGUGCUGGGAUUACAGGCGUGAGCCACCGUGCCCAGCCUAUGAUAAAUCUCUUUUUUAAAAAAGUUUUUAAUGUUAGUAUGUUUUUUAAAAACAGAUGUCACGUGGGUUAUGAAGAAGUCUGAAGAAACGCCUUCAUUUCAUGCAGACCUAUAAGCUGCAGCUUUUGGCUUACCAUGUGUGUCUAAACUCCUUCUGAGAAGGAGGAAAUCCUUUCUUCCAAGUGAAGAUCCGUUUAAGAACACAUGUAUUUACAUGCCUAUAAUAUGCUGGAUUGUAUGCUUUGUCUUUUAAGUUAUUAAAGGGAUGUCU